CCACCAAAUAAAUUUUCAAAGCAGAGUCAUUUUGUAAAAGCAAGGAAACCUUUGGCUCAUACUAUUAUUCAUUCAGUUAGCCAUCAGUCAAGUAGUCAAAGCAAGCCAAGAUGUCGUCUUCUGAAUCCAAGCCUCUUGUAAGCAGCUCGGAUGAUGCCGAGAACUUUAAGCGCCUCAAGGCGUACCAGCCAAUGGCCUUUUUCAUUACCUUUGGAGGUUACUUUAUGGCCCAUUUCUCGCGCAAGUGCUAUUCUACCAUCAAGCAACAGCUCGAAACAGAUGCUGGAUACUCUCCUCUUCUCUUGUCCGAAAUGGACACUGUUUUCAUGGCCACCUAUGCUGCUGGUAACAUUAUCAAUGGAAAACUGGGGGAUACCUUUGAUCCCACCAUCGUCUUGGCCAUUGGUUUGUUCGGAUCCGGUACCUGUCUCUUUUUGAUUGCUGUUGCCAUUUGGUUUGAUUUCCACGGAUUGAGUGCCAUGUUGGGAAAUGUCUUUAUCUUGGCCGUCUACUUUUUGUUUGGUUUCUUCCAGGCCACGGGAGGACCCGUCGGUACCGCCGUCAUGGGAAACUGGUUCUGUGACGCCGCCAGUAUCCGAAAACGUGGAACCAUCUUUGGAUUCUGGACCUGCCAUCAGUACUGUGGUGAUGUCACGGCCGCUCUCUGUACCGCCUGGGUUCUCUCGGCCGGAUGGCCCUACUGGAGUGCCUUGGUCAUUCCCGCUGCCACCAACAUUUUCUGGGCCGUGCUGACCACUCGUCUCAUUGCCGAUCCGGCCAAUGUCGACAUUAUUACCCCCGAAGUCCGCAUCCGCAAGGAAAAGAUGGAAGCCAAGCGCAAGGAAGCCAUCGAGGCCGGAACUGCCGUCGAAGAGGAUUCUGGUGCUACUCCCAUUUCCUACGCCGGAGCCCUCGCUAUUCCCAUGGUGGCCCAAUACGCCUUUGCCUUUGGAUUUUUCAAAUUGACCAACUACGUUCUCUUUUUCUGGUUGCCCUACUUUUUGGGAAAGACCUUUGACCCCGUCACUGCCAACUUGAUUGCCUCUCUAUACUCUGUGGGAAUGAUGCCCGGAGGUAUCAUUGUCGGAUACGUCAGUGAUUUCUUUGGAGGACGUCGUGCCGUCGUCAUUGGAGUGUUCAUGUCCCUAUUGGUGGUUUUCCUGGCCGUUUUUGCCCGCUUUUCCGAAACCGGAAACCUCCAACCCGGUGCCUUGCUCUUCAUGUUGGCUUGCAUGGGAAUCUUGGUGGGAGGACCCAACAACAUUAUUACUUCCGCCGUGGCUGCUGAUUUGGCGUCUCACCCCAGUGUCCGUGGAAACAACAAGUCUCUGGGGACUGUUACUGGAUUGAUUAACGGAUGUGGUUCCAUCACCGCCUCUCUCGGAUUGUUGGCUGUGGGUCCACUGCAGAAUGCCUUUGGAUGGGGUUCUGUCUGGCUCUAUUUGAUUGCCUGCACCGCCACUGGAACUGCUCUCAUGGGAACCAAAAUCUAUGCCGAGCUCUUCGCCGCUCCCGUCGACGAAGCUCUCUAAAAACAAAGUGACGAUGACGACUACUAAAAGAAAGAAGAUAGAAUGUAACCUGUUCUCGUUUGUUGUUGAUGAUAAGAGAAGAAUUAUUAAUUCUGACGCUGGUGACGAAAGAAAUAUAUGUAACAAUGUUGAUUUCAAUCAAAGUGUCAUAGUUUCUCUUGGAGAAUGGCGUUCGCCUCCCACUCUGUCUGACCUUUCUCUUUGUUGUUCUGUACUGGGAAAGGAAUGGGAUCAUCGGGAUGUGGUAGGCUUGGCUUUUGCUCGUCAUCUUCUUGUUUUGGCUGCUCUUGCUUGGAGUGAAUGACGAUUCGAGUCGUGGAUAAAUAGAAUCCUAAUUAAUUUUUGGAAGC